AUGAGUUUGCCAACAUUAAUCAGGAAUCUAACGAGGCCCAAAACCCCGAUAGUCGGAGUAGCCAAAUCAAGGUUUUAUAACAAGAGAUGGGUACAAGUACUAGGGUUAAGUGUUGGUACCAGUUGUAUUCUGUAUGAGACAAAUGAGAAUUUUCACAACACUGUAAGGCAUGGAUAUAUCAGCUUCAAACGUAUCGGUGUAGUUACUAUCGCACUUUCUCGAUGUGUUAUUCAAUACAAGAAGGUAUUAUCAUUAAAUGAUACCAUUGAUGAUGAAGACCAAAAGGAUGAGAAUUUACGUCAAUGCCAUUUGAAAGCUGCUAAUAUCACGUUGAAAGCGUUAGAGAAGAAUGGUGGUGUCUUUAUAAAAUUGGGACAGCAUAUUGGGGCGAUGUCAUAUAUUUUACCCCUAGAGUGGACUCAAACUAUGGUGCCUUUGCAGGAUCAUUGCCCGGAGUCAUCUCUAGACGACAUAGACCGUAUGUUUGCCAAAGAAAUUCCUGGUGAAGAUCUUACUACUUAUUUUGAAUGGAUUGAUGAUGAACCCCUUGGUGUGGCUUCCUUGGCUCAAGUUCAUAGGGCUAAGCUCAAACAAGGAACCAAGGAGGUAGUAGCAGUAAAGUUUCAACACCCACAGUUGCAAGAAUUUGUGUCCGUCGAUGUUAUGAUGACCAAGUUUGUUUUUGCAACCUUAGAUAAAGUUUUCCCUCAAUAUUCGUUGGUAUGGUUGGCGGAUGAACUCCAUAGUUCCAUCUACGAUGAGAUAAAUUUCAAUAAAGAAGCUCAAAAUGCUGAAUUAACAGCCAAGUUUUUUAAUAAAAACAAGAAACUGAAAAGAGCCACAAGUGUCAGGGUACCAAAAGUAUUGCUACACAAGGAUAGAGUUCUGAUAAUGGAAUACAUUGGUGGUGCUAGACUUGAUGACCCAACCUAUCUGGAAGAUCAUAAUAUCAAGCGUAAUGAGGUAUCAGAAUCGUUGGCUCACAUAUUUAACAGUAUGAUAUUCACAAAAGACGCUGGAAUACACUGUGAUCCACAUAUGGGAAAUCUGUCAAUAAGAACUUGUAAACCAACAAAAGAGAAUGGCUAUCAUAACUAUGAAAUUGUUCUGUAUGAUCAUGGUCUGUACAGAUAUCCUGAUUUGAAAACAAGAAGAAAUUAUGCAAAGUUUUGGCUGAGUCUUCUUCGCCAUGAUCAAAAUGAAAUGAGGAAAUGGAGCUAUGAGUUAGCGGGCAUUACUGAUGAUGAAUUUCCUCUCUUUGCGGCGGCUAUCACUGGUAGAUCCGUGGAGAGCGCACUGAAUUAUGAUAUCGACAGCGUACGUGGUAACGACGAAAUAGAAAUCAUGAGGAAGCGGAUGCUGGAUAAGGCAUCAAUGCCUGCUGACCUUGAAGGGACCUCCACACAGGGCGAAGAGAAUAAACUAUUGAAACAACUGAUGAAAAUCCUAGCACACAUUCCACGUAUUGUGAUAUUACUACUGAAGACCAACGAUUUAACAAGAUAUUUGGAUGAGUCCUUGCGUAAUCCAUUGGGACCAGCCAGAGGAUUCCUGAUACUGACUUCAUAUUGUUCCAGUCUCGUGCUACAAGAAGAUUUAGAAACCGCCGCUGCCAUGUGGAAAGAUAACAUUUACAUCAAAGCUGCGACACAAUAUAUAGCAGCAUGGUACAAAUAUAUUGCGACAGCAUAUGUACGGACAACCGCAUAUGAAAUAAUACUCUUUUCACGAGAUUGCUACAAGAAACUAGCCCAUUAG